CGCCCGCCCCUCGCCCGCCGCGCGCGUGCGCGAGCGCCGCCUGUUCGUGAGGGGGCGGCGGGCCCGGCCCGGAGCGCGUACAUGGUAAUUCCAUCACCCCCUGGCCAUCCCAAUGAUGAAAUCAGAAGCUAAGGAUGGAGAAGAGGAAAGCCUGCAGACAGCGUUCAAAAAGCUGAGGGUUGACACAGCUGGAUCUACUACUUCUCUCUCUGUGGGUGAAGGGAUGAGUCCCAGAGCACUAGUUAGAACAGUGGCAGAUGAAACCAAACCUAAGACUGUGUGUGCUUCUAAGGAAACCUGGCAUGGGUCUAUGAAGAAGCCUCCGAGAGGAGUCGUGAGAACUCAGCGUCGCAGGCGUUCCAAGUCUCCCAUCCUUCAUCCUCCCAAGUUCAUCCACUGCGGCACAAAGUCGCACUCCCCGUGCAGCCAGCUGGUGCAGAAGAGCCAGGUGGACGCCCAGGACGACAGCAGUGGGUUUGGGAUGCCAGUCCCCAAGGAAGCCGGUGCACAGGAACGAUGCAGUUCAGCUCCUGACCUUGGCCAGAAGGGAGCUGAGGUUGAGUCUGUGGCGGUUUCUGUUACGCAGUUGACGUCGGAGAACAGGCAGGAGAACUCUCCAGCUGCAGCUGCUCCGGUGUCCAAAGCCAGCCUAAAGACUACGGAGCUUUCUGACUUCCAGUCCAUGUGCAAGCUGAACACGAGUAAGCCGUGUGCGUGUGCGGGCAGAGCCUGCCAGUGCAAACUGUGGCAAGACAUGGAAGUGUACAAAUUCUCUGGCUUGCAGAACACCCUCCCAGUGGCACCCGACAGAACAGUUCCUGAGGAUCACUCCCAGCCUUUGCCAUCAAGAACUCCCUCAAGUUCUCCACGCUCUUGCUCUGAGCAAGCCAGGGCCUUUGUGGAUGAUGUGACAAUUGAAGACCUUUCGGGGUACAUGGAGUAUUACUUGUAUAUCCCAAAGAAAAUGUCUCACAUGGCAGAAAUGAUGUACACCUGACAGCAGUGAGCACCAACGAGCACCGGAAGGGUGGCUGGUUUAAAUCUGCUGUCACACUCACGUGAGGAUCCAACCCACUCCCUGCUCACUGUGCUUGCAAUAAAAACACUUCUUUGCAUCUCAA